AUGAAAUACUUAGCUGCUUACUUAUUAUUAUUACAAGGUGGUAACACUGCUCCAUCAGUUUCAGAUAUUAAAGAAAUUUUAGAAACUGUUGGUUCAGAAGUUGAAGAAUCAAGAAUCACUUCAUUAUUAUCAUCAUUAGAAGGUAAAUCUAUUGAAGAAGUUAUCGCUGAAGGUUCAUCAAAAUUAGCCUCAGUUCCAACUGGUGGUUCAGGUGCUGUUGCUGCUGCUCCAGGUGCUGCUGCUUCAACUGAAGAAGCUGCUGCUGAAGAAAAAGAAGAAGAAGCUAAAGAAGAAUCAGAUGAUGAUAUGGGUUUCGGUUUGUUUGAUUAG